AUGUCCAACCCAGCGUCAGAAAUUCUAGAUAAUUAUGUCGAGUUAAAAUAUAAUAAAAAUGAAGAAAAUGGCAAUUCAGAACUUAUUGUAACCACCAACACUAUUACUACUGCUGCUACAGAUGAAAAUGAGAGAACAUCAUUACCUUCAUCUCCUAUUUCUGAUGCAUAUUCUAUAAAUCAUUUGGAUUUAGAUGAAAAUGAUAAUAACAAUAAUCCAGAAGUUGAAUCAACUUUUCAAAAUAUAGAAGAAGCUUCUACAUACUGGUAA